UGUCUGGAUCGGCCUAUCCACACAAUCCAAAUCCUGUGAGAAGUUAGACUGGACCAAUGGUUAUCCAUUAAUUUGGGCGAAUUGGAAAUCAGGGCAUCCAAAAAACUGUGGUACAGAUUACUGCGUUGGAGUAACUCUUGACGGAUUCGGCACAGUUCUAUGUUCAUUGAAGUUAAAGGCAUUAUGCGUCUACGAAUCAGCGCAAUCACAGACAACGACGACUGCGACAACAACAGGCAAAAUGCUCUCGACAAUAACUAAAACAACAUCGCCAUCGAUCUCAACUAAAACGACUGCAAUGUCGACGCUUUCUGUGAGAAUGUCAACAAUGCUGCCAUCUCUGUUAUCAUCGUCAACAACGAAAAGGUCGUCAAUAGCAACAACUGGUGGGGAAACAUCAUCUAUGACGAAGCUUGUUGAGGAAGUGUCAACAAUGGUGAAAUCUACUGAAGAAAUGUCAACGGCCCCACAGUUACCGUCGUCACCACAAAUGAUGUCGACUAAAAUGACAACGACAAACACGUACACAGCGACGACCGCUACGACACCAGUUCUCACAUCAGUUUACACUUUUGAUACAACUUCUACAAACAUACCAUGUACACGGAGACAACCUAAUAUAUCACAGCUCAGUCAAGCAGAGCUUCUUGAUGCCAUCACACAACUGAAGGCGGAGCUCGCUGUCAGCAAGAACAACACCUCGACCUAUCGACGGAAACGAAUAAGCGUCUACGAAUCAAAGCCCUCUAGUAUGGUCAUGGGAGGCGUUGCUUGUGCAAUCAUGUCAGUUGUGAUUGGCUGGAUUAUCGUGCCCGACUUUAUCACGAUGUGUAUGUUUCUGUUCAAACUUGGUCACAAGGCAAUUAUUGGGCCAUCUUAGAUUAUGGAAAUAUCAAUAUUGUUGUAUCAAUGUUUCGACGUAAUGUUUUGAUGUCAUUCAAUAUAAAUAACAGAUAAAAGAGGAUUGUAUUGAAAUAACUUUUUUUCAAAAAAUAUAUGAACAAUAGACCAUAUUCUAAAGUCGUCUUUUUGAAAUUGUCAUAAAAAAUUCACCUCAUGUUAUGGUCAUGCCAUAUUCGUACUGUCUAGAUCCUCAUCUGUUGAUAGUCCAGUCUUCAUUAGUCGAUGUUCAUUGGUUUAGGCAUAGAAGAUAUUUCAUGGACUUCUUUACAGAUUUUGUUUUGUUCAGUAAUUAUUCAAACAGAGUAUUAUCAUCACAGUGAUAGUGAUUUGAUAUCAACUUUGUCUUAUUUUAAGCUAGUGUAUUCAGUUCAUCAAGUAUACAGACAGACCAAUACAUCAACCAUCAGUUCGUUUUGUCUAGUUGCGCGUCAUGGUUUUCUUAUUUGUUUAUUUUGAAUUAAUCAUCCUCACCACAGACGGACCACACAGAAAUAGACUUCUAGACUGGAGAAAAAUCUCAAAACAGGAACUAAAUUAAAAAAAAUAAACAUGAUCAAUUUUAGUCUCUUCCAAAUCCCCGUAGAAAUGGGCUAAUGAGACACUUCAAAUCAUGUAGGAAGGCCAACAAUCAAUAGUGUUUUUACAAUAUAGAUACAGAUACAGAAAUUAUAGUCCUCCCCAGUCCCUUGGUUGAAUGAAUACGAUUAUGAGUGAUUUCAAUCCAAACGUAAUGUAUUUCGUUCAUGUCAACGAAAUUAUUCCAAAUGCACAUGUUCUUUUAUUAAAUAAAUUCUUAAUUCAGCUUAUACACAUUAAAUAAUAAUAAAAACAAUUUCAGUAGAUAACAUGCCAGUUUAUAAUGAUUAUUGUUUUCUAUUUACCAAAGAAAUUAUUGUAAUUUCUUUAAUGUAAGAAUCAUAACCACCGAUGACAGUUUAUCAGUUCCGUGAACCUAGAGACGGAUAGCACUAUUAUUCGCAUCUUUAGAUACGGUAGCACUAGUAAACUAUUGUUUCCGUAAAUCUUUGUGCGUGGUUCCUUUUGAUGAAAGAGACAGACACGACAAAUAAUAGACGACAUAAACUAUGCAUUAGAUAACAAUCUCAUCCUUUGUAUCUAUAUAUACAUAUAUAUGGAUAGCCUUAAUAUAUUCAAUAUCUAGAUGGGUAGACAUUAUGUAUGUAUAAUUUCAUAUCUAGAUCGAUAGCAUUAUGUAUUUCAUAUCUAGUUGGAUAGCCUUCUUUUUUAUCUAGAUUGGUAGUCUUUGUAUAUUUCAUAUCUAGAUGGAUAGCAUACUAGUAUAUGUAUUUGAUAUCUGGAUGGUUAUCCUUUAUAUGUUAGAUUGGUAGCCUGUAUAUA